AAAAAUGAAGAACUAUAUACAGAGGGGUAUUGAAAACAAAUCCAUAUCUCUAAUUACAAAAAGGAUAACAUUUCAAGGCUUUACAACAAUCCUUAGCAUUCCUUGCAUCCUCCAAUGCUUUAAAAUACUGACAAAGCUCGAACUUCAAAUGCACAAAACUAGGUGCACUUUUUGAUGAAAGUAUUAACCAUCUUUUUGUUGAUUGCAUUUGUACUAAAUUGAUUUUAAAGUCUUCUUUAAGGAGAUUUCUGGAAUUUAUAUUACAUUAGAAGACAGGAAUAUUUUUAUUUUAUUUUUUUGAUAAGCCUUCAGAGAAGAAAAUGUGUUUAUUAUGUUUGGGAAAUAUCACAUUCAUAAAUGUCGACGGGCAAAAAGCACACCAUCAAAACUGUCACUGGAGAGGUUUCGUUUCCGGUGACGUCAGAGCCGAUAAACAUGGCUGCCUCCACGAGACUCGGACCAAAGGUGAGCCUGCUGGUUCAUCUGCUUGUUUUUAGCUGGUAUGUUUUCACAAUCUGGAGUAACUGUACCCUGCAAACCUCAGACAGACACCCUGGCGUGCGAUCAUACGGAGGACGCUGGAAAUACCUGACGUUUAUUAAUCUGGUGUCGCAUGCGGUGUUUUUUGGCCUGUGUGUGCUGGUGGACGCGGUUCACAGCGCGGUGUCCGUCAAACAGAGCCGCGGCGGGACUCCUCUGAUCCUCGCUAAAGCGCGGGACUUUUACUUCACCGCUCUGGCGUUUCCGGUCGGCACUUUUGUGUUCGUGUCUUUCUGGACUCUCUACUCUUACGACAGAGAGCUGGUGUAUCCAAAAAUGUUAGACGAGAUCAUUCCCGUCUGGCUGAAUCAUGCAAUGCACACAUUCAUCAUGCCGCUGCUGCUGCUGCAGAUGUUCCUCCAGAAUCACAGAUAUCCCAGUCGCACGAAAGGGAUUUUCAGUCUGGCUUUAUUUGCUGCGCUGUAUCUGUCAUGGGUGUUGUGGGUGCACCAUGCGUCAGGGAUUUGGGUGUAUCCUAUCAUGGCUCACUUGAGUCCCGUGGGAUUGUGUAUUUUCCUCGGAGGCGCGUCGCUGAGCAUGGCUCCUCUUUACCUGUUAGGAGAGAAGCUCAGCCUCAUGAUGUGGAGCAGCACAGGGAAUCAGAAGAGGAAAAAGAAGUAGAUGUCUACUGGAAUCCACAUUAACCGUGUGGAGCUCAGACCAGCCAAACAACACAUUUUUACAGGCCACAAAACAACAGCUUUAGUAGCAUUGCCUGUAUUUUAUACAAGAGGGGAUUAAUUCGCCCUAACACACAUGCAUACAGAAAGAAACUAGCAUACCUACUGAACACACGGUAUGUGUUUAUACUAAUUGUGCUGAUAUUUUAUUCUGUUUUUCUUCUUUUGACAUAAUUUUGUGACGUUAAUGAAAAUCAGUUGCACCUACAAAGUAAAAUGCUGUAUUUUUAAAAUGAUAUUUUUUAUUAUUUUAGAGUUGUGAAAUUCCAGAUGCUGUAAUAUCCCAGAAUGCUGUUGUUCAGUGAUUUAAGGGACAGUCGGUCCUGAGCACUUUCCCCUUCUCAGAUUCAUAACCGUCAUUUUAAAACAAGUCUGAGCUGGUGACCAAUCUCCUGUUAAUAUAAAAUAAUAAAUCCUCUGUAGUUUAUGACGGCGUCCAGUCGUGUAAAUGUCACACGAUGAGUUUGAGGGCUUUCUCAACGACACACUUCACCUGCGUGAACUCGGGUAAUCUCACCAGUGAAGCCCUUAAUGUGAUUUUCCGGCUUUGCCCAGUUUGAUGAUGGACUUUAUUGGAAACAAGUAAACCCUAGUAAUCUGUGUCCUCGCUGUAACACACGUUUAAUUCACAUUCAUUCUUUCAGUAUCAUCGUCUUUGAGCCCUUUCGAUGGCUAUUUCAUGAAAACUGAAUAUGUUUACUAAUUCUAUUGUCAACUUGUUAUAGAGCAGAAUAGAGUGCUCCAUUGUCAUUAUGGUGAGUUUCCACUUCAUAUUAAUGUGUGUGUAAAACAGGCUGUUUCGGUGAGUUGCUAUGAGACCAAUGUGAUUCCUGCACUGAUAUGAUUAUUAUUAUUAUUAACCAAUCAGGGUUUCUGUUAUUGUUUUGCACAAAGUAAUGAUUAUUAAUGUCAUCUAUAAACAAUAAAACCUCGGAACUGUUCUUUUAUUCA